GUCCCUCUCGCCUUACAAUGUCGCCCACACCUAUCCGCUCCAGCACUAUUCAGCUAGUCCUCCGGUACAUCUCUCCUCCGUCAGGACUGGAUCAACCACUUCCGCCUUACUUGCUGUCCAAAUCCCUUCUUCAACGACACCAUUUCCUCAACAUAUCUCCGGAUGAUCCUCAGGAAUAUUUAUGCUGGCCCACCUCCCCUGAGAAGUCUCUCAUGGCUAUGGAGUUUCUGGAGUCGUUGCCCAGACCAGUUGACGACGACGCGCCCCGCAAUUUUCCCGUUCACUACACUGCCGAUGACGAGUAUACCUACGCACACGCUGAUCUUUCCACCGACGGGAUAGCGGGUCCCAGACUCGUGUUUCAAUGGGACGAACAUGAUGGGUGGAAGUUCCAUGAUGCCAACAUCAUGCCCUUCCCACCCAACAGUCAAGCCUCUCUGCGAGCUGUCAUUGACUCGAAGGAUUCAAUCCUUCAAUCCAGCGGUCCCAAACAGACCCAGGAUGUCAAUUCUUAUGGCUUCGAUUCCGAGCCCAGCGAAAGCGACGAUGACGACUACUGGAAUGCAUACGGCUCUCAUGACAUGCAUGACUCCUCGCAUGAUCGCUCGUCGCUCAUCUCGGAUACUGUGGGAACCGAGGACGCCUAUUGGGCUCGUUACUCUUCAGUGCAUGGCACCGCAGAUUCGACACGCCCAUCCCCACUUCCAAUACACCGUCGAAAACCUCACCCCUUUGACAGCCUUCCCACCGAUCCUGAUUCUCCUCAUCCCCUUCCCGUCCGUAUCGGAUCAGAAGACCUGUCAGACGAUACUUCGCCUCUCCCGCUCGUUGCAAUGCCCAGAACCAACAUCAAUUCACGAUGGGAUCCCGCUUCACCGCAGACGCUUGCUCAGUUACUCGCCACAAUCUCACCCAGGGAAAGUGCUCCUCACAGCCCCAGACCUUCGUCAGAAUACGAUUCCCAGCCCGACUUUCUUUCACCUCCUGAAAGAAGUUCUGGUAGCGACGAUUCAAUGACACCGUCUCCCCCAGCUUUGGGUUUCGUUGUGGAUGAUGACGAGUCUCCUCUGCUUCCAAAGCCCGUUUCGCUCAGGAUAGGUGUUGAUGCUUCUCCAGAUCUCAAAAAAGAUGAGGAGAAAGUGUUGCACUCCGGUGCGGCUGAUACAGAUGCAGCUCUUCGACAGAGCUUACGUGGGCUUUAUGCCUUGUAUAAAAUUCAGAAUGGGAAAGGUAGCGAUGAGGAGGUACUUAGUCGCGCCUUUCUUCGGAUUGCGGAGGAAGUUGUUGCCUCAUAGUCGGGAUAUAUACAUUGCUCUAGACUCACUAGAGCUUUGAUCCACCAUUGUACUGUAUUUCUAGCGGUAUACACACGGGUUUCGAGAUAUUUGCUUCACGCGGAUGGAAGCAUACCCGCACCAGCGGUAAUAGUGUAUUGCAUUACAAUAAGCAUCAUUGACGUUCCGUCGAUUUCCUUCAUGUUCGCUUUUGUCACAUAACCCACAUCGCUACCAUAAUCCUCAAAAUUGCUGGGGGACGU